AAAUAAUAAAAGAAUUUAACAAUUGCAGAUAGUAUGUAUCUAAAACGACAUAAUUAAGAUAAAGACGAUUCAUGCAUAAUUUAUUGCAUAAAUUUUUCGAAAUUCAGUUAAUGACGUGUAAUCAUGACUAUUAAACAAAACACAUCAUUUACUGGCGACAAUGAAAAGGAGACGAAAGAACAAACGAAAAAUGUAAAUAGCACCAGUGAAAAUUUUGAUCCACCUGAUGGUGGCUGGGGUUGGAUUAUAGUGAUGGCAGCUGGAUUUUCUAAUUUUUGUAUAUUACCAAUGUUGCAAAGUUUCGGAUUAAUAUUUAGAGAUAGAUUCGCGGAACUUGGUAUCAAUUCAACCCAAACAACGACAAUAUUAAAUAUAAAUUGUGCUGUAACUUCUUGCAUCGGUUUAGCUAAUGGACCACUGUUUAGAAAAUUCAGCUACAGGCAGAUAGCUUUCGUAGGCAGCAUGAUAUGCGCCAUAUCAAUCACGAUAUUAUCAAUGACGAAAAGUUUUACGGGAGCUAUAAUUUUUUUCUCGAUCUUAUAUGGUGUUGGUGUUGGUAUAACGAUGUCGUCAAAUGCUCUAGCUCUGAAUACUUAUUUCAAACGAAAGAGAAGAAUCGCUACUGGCCUUAGCUGGACCUGCACAGGCAUGGGACCAAUCGUGAUGCCACAAAUAAUUACAUUGCUAAUACCAGUGUAUGGCAUGGAAGGUACUGUUCUCAUUUUUGGUGGUUUUGCAUUUAACGCUGUAGUUUGUGCUCUUUUACUGCAACCUGUUUCCUGGCAUAUAAAGAAAGGACGAGACACAGAAAAAUUAACCAAUACCAUAAACUCCGAGGAAUUUGUAAUAGCCGAUAAGAUAGCAACGGAAGUGAUACAAAAAAAUUAUGAAAACAAUUUUCAAAAUAGAUCAUCAGAAGAUAUUGAAAAUAUACAAAGUAAUUAUGGUACCCUGAGCCUGGCAAAAGGAAAAUUUGGCAGCCAGUAUUUGUAUUACGAUGACGAAGAAGAUGGUGCUUCCGGUAUAGACGUAUUGGGCCCUGGAACACCGAUGAUGUCCCGAGCUAAUGAUGGAUGGUUUUCUAAACGGAACACUUCGACUACAUCGAUAGCGUCUAGAUCAUCAAAGAAGGACUGCUCUUCGAGAACUCCAAGCAGAAGAACAUCAGUGAAUUUAAGUAGGCAAUCCAGUAUCAGUAGAGGACCGUCGGUAAGAAAUCUUAAUAGACAGAACAGUGAAACUGAAAAGAGCCGGAAAAGGCUUUCGAGUUAUCAACCAUCCACGGUCCCAUUGAUUAUCGUUAACGAAUCUUGCGAACAUGCCGAAGACUUUGAACUUUGCAAAGAUCCGAACUGUAAUCACAAAUCGCAACAUAAAUCGGUAAUACCGGAAGAAGUCGAAACCUACCAAUUACUAGAAGAAGAAUGUGUCAAGGAGACAACGAAGAAGACCUUUCUUGAAGCGUUGAUCAUUUUCUUCGAUCUAGAUCUGCUUCGAGAUCUCGUCUAUGUGAAUAUGAUGUUGGGUAUUACCUUUGCCAAUUUUUCGGAAUUAAAUUUUUCCCUUUUGACACCGUUUAUAUUAAGCGAAUAUGGAUUCACGAAAAUUCAAGUCGCAACCGUGAUGUCGAUUCUUGCCGGUUUCGAUGUGGUUACCAGAUUGACGAUUCCUUUCAUUGCCGAUUUUAUCGGCUGGCAAAAUCGGACUUUUUUCUUGGUCGGUAUUUGCGGAAUGGCAGUAGGACGUAUUGUGUUAGCACACGUGCAAGAUUUUAGCGUUACCUUGGCAAUUGCUAUUCUGAUAGGAGCUGGCAAAGCAUUGCGAACUAUCUUUAUGGCUCUUGUAAUUCCGACCCAUGUUCCACUGUCAAGGCUUCCAGGUGCUACAGGUAUACAACUCUUAACCAGCGGUAUCGUUGCAUUGGCCUUAGGGCCGUUAGUUGGUUGGAUUAGAGAUACAACUUCUGAUUACGCAGUCAUGCUACACUGUUUAAAUAUUUUUACAUACCUGACGGUAAUUUCAUGGACGAUUGAAAUCUGCUUUAUGAAAUGGAAGUCAAAGAAAAUUGCACAAGAGAAAGAGGUGUCGAAUAAUAUAUGUGCUUAAGCUUGUAUAUAAUAACAAUAUACAUUAUAAGUCUUUUAAACU